AUGGAGCAGAAAGUUUGGGAGGAAACCGGCGGCGCCGGCGACGAGCGUAGAAAACGCAUGUCGGUCGGUUUGUGCGUGAGCUGCCCGCCGGACAUCAAGCAAUCCGUCGAUAAAACUUUGGAGUACGGCUACCAUUUCGUAGUCACCCAACUGACCCAUCCGAACUACACCAGAGACGCCGACGAUGACGAUCCCGCGCCCAUAGGUAGGACGGAUCGGGUGUUGAAGAGUUCCGAAUGGGGUCGGUUAAUAGUGGCCCAAAUUAAUUCGAAGGUGGACUUGGACAGCGAAGUCGAACACAUCGGCCGGAAGAGCCGGGUAAUUUUAGAGCGAGAGUUCGGCUUCGCUGCCCAUUUGGGCGUUCCGGCCGUUAUGAUUACCUUGAACAAGCCCAAUAACACCCAAUUGGGUAGAUUUUUGUGCGAGAAGCUGGUGGGCGGUUUGCCGUACAGCGUCUGGGUCAACGUACCCAUGAUCCAUCCGUCCAGGUACAGCCCGUUGGCGGACCAAGAGUACGAUACUUGGGACUGGUGGAACGAGUUCCAGACCUGCUGCGAUUACGACCGCCGGUGCGGAUUGGUCUUGGACCUAUGCGACGUCAAGCACCUCUGCGUGGAGAAAGAGCUGAAGCGUUGGAUAGGCGAGCCGGUCAAGGCCUUGGUCGUCCCGACUUCCUUCUUUUUGAUAAAUCAACACGGCAAGCCCGUCUUGUCCAGGCUGCACCAGGACAUAAUCAAAAAAUUUAUGAGUCUCGAUGUCCAGUACAUCAUCAAAAACGACACGGAGUGCGAUCUGGCUCUAUACGUUAGAUAUUUGAAUUAUUUAGGUAAAAAACUGUUCGUUAGAGAUACGAUGACCGAAUUCGUCCAGGGUUUCGAGGACUUUCUUCAGAACCCUUUACAGCCGCUCACCGAGCACUUGGAGACUACGAUAUACGAGAUAUUCGAGAAAGACGGCGUGAAAUACGACGCUUACUACAAGGCUGUAUUGAAGGCUGUUCAAUCCAUAAACCCCGAUCAAGUGCCUGUGGUAAUGGUGGUAGGAGCGGGUAGGGGGCCUCUGGUUCAAGCCGUACUCAACGUGUCUAUCGUACUAGACAGAAAAUUGAAGAUAUACGCUGUGGAAAAGAACCCAUAUGCGGUGAAUACCUUGGUGCAUCGGUGCAAGCACGAAUGGGACGGUCGCGUUACUUUGAUAAAAGAAGAUAUGAGGACUUAUAAACCCCCAGAGCAGGCGGAUAUUUUGGUAUCGGAACUGUUGGGGUCUUUUGGAGAUAACGAAUUAUCACCGGAGUGCCUCGACGGAGCACAGAGGUUUUUAAAGAAAACCGGCAUAACGAUCCCACAGGCGUACACCUCCUAUUUAGCACCAUUACAAAGCACGAAGAUAUUCAACGAGAUUCGGCAGAACCGACCGUUGGACAAAUCCCUGCAAGUUAUAUACGAAACCCCCUACGUAGCGCACCUGGCCAAUUUCUACCAAAUAUCGCCGCCGCAGGCGCUCUUCACGUUCACGCACCCCAACUGGGGCGAAGACCCAUCGAACAGGCGGUACAAGAAACUGUCGUUCCGGGCCGAGCAGAAUUGCCUGCUCACCGGAUUAGCGGGUUACUUCGAUACGAAGCUCUACGGCGACGUGGGGCUCAGCAUCCACCCGGACACGCACACGAGGGACAUGGUGAGCUGGUUCCCCAUCGUGUUCGCGCUGCAGAGCCCCGUGCAGGUGGAGCGCGACCAGACGAUAGAGGUGUCUUUUUGGAGGACGGAGUCCGGGGAUAAGGUGUGGUACGAGUGGUGUUUGCAUUCGCCCGUCAAGACGAGGAUUUUCAACUCGUGCGGGAAGUCGUAUUCCAUUAGGAAGCAUUGA